AUGACGACAGCCGAGUCGCCGGCGACGCCUGCGCCGCGAUCCACUUCCGAGGACACGACCGAUGUCGAGCGAGACGCCGGCGUCGUCAAGCCGCAUGAGGAAAAAACGACGCCGACCGGGUCCCGGGACCCAGAGCAUCGGUCCGGCGCCGGCCAGCUCCCGGCGCCGGCAGUCGGGCGGCCAGAGACCGAGGCCGCGACCGACCCGCCCGAGAGCGGCCGCACGAGCAUCGAGACGUUCCUCGUCAUGUUCGCCCUCUGCCUGGCCCUGUUCCUGGCGGCGCUCGACAUGACCAUCAUCACAACCGCCAUCCCCACCAUCUCCAGCCACUUCGACUCGAGCGUCGGCUACGUCUGGAUCGGCAGCGCCUACCUGCUCGGCAACGCCACCUUUGUGCCCACCUGGGGCAAGAUCUCGGACAUCUUCGGCCGCAAGCCCGUCCUCAUCGCCGCCGUCAUCAUCUUCUGGAUCGGCAGCCUGCUGUGCGCCGUCAGCAACAGCAUGGGCAUGCUCAUCGCCGCCCGCGCCAUCCAGGGCGUCGGCGGCGGCGGCACCAUUGUCCUGCCCAACAUCUGCGUCUCGGACCUCUUCUCCAUGCGCCGCCGCAGCCUGUACUUUGGCAUCCUCGGCGGCGUCUGGGCCGUCGCCUCGGCCGUCGGGCCCGUCCUCGGCGGCGUCUUCACCACCAAGCUGUCGUGGCGCUGGUGCUUCUACAUCAACCUGCCCCUCGGCGGCGUCGGCCUCGCCAUCCUCGUCUUCGUCCUCAAGCUGCACAACCCGCGCACCCCCGUGCGCCAGGGCCUCGCCGCCAUCGACUGGCUCGGCAGCGUCCUCGUCAUUGGCGGCACCCUGAUGUUGCUCUUUGGGCUCGAGUCGGGCGGCGUCCAGCACCCCUGGGGCUCGCCCAUGGUCGUCUGCCUCGUCGUCUUUGGCGUCGUCGCCGUCGUCCUCUUUGCCCUGUACGAGGCCUUUGUCGCCCGCUUUCCCCUCAUCCCCGUCUCGCUCUUCCGCCAGAGCACGAGCAUCGCCGCCUUUGUCCUGUCCUUUGCCCACGCAUUCACCUUUAUGAGCGGCAGCUACUGGCUGCCCCUGUACUUCCAGGCCGUCAUGGGCGCCUCGUCGCUGCUGUCGGGCGUCUACCUGCUGCCCUUUGUCCUGUCCCUGUCCCUCGCGUCGGUCGCGACGGGCGUCGUCAUCAAGAAGUCGGGCAACUACAAGCUCAUCAUCAUGGCCGGCCUGCUGGUCAUGACGCUCGGCUUCGGCCUCUUCAUCUCCCUCGGCCACGACCGCGACUGGGCCAAGAUCAUCAUCUUCCAGAUCAUUGCCGGCGCCGGCGUCGGCCCCAACUUCCAGGCACCGCUGCUGGCGCUGCAGACCAACGUGGAGCCGCGGGACAUUGGCGCCGCCACGUCGAGCUUCGGCUUCCUCCGGCAGCUGGGCACGUCCAUCUCCGUGGCCGUCGGCGGCGUCAUCUUCAACAACGAGAUGCAGAAGCAGCACGACGCCCUGGCCCGGAGCAUCGGCCCGGAGCUGGCCGACAAGUUUGGCAGCUCGGACGCGGCGGCGAGCGUCCAGGCCGUCGGGACUCUGCCGGCAGCCGAGCGAGCCGUGGUGCAAGGCGCCUACUGGAACGCGCUCCAGAAGAUGUACAUUGUCUACACGUGCUUCAUCUUUGCCGGCUUCCUCGUCAGCUUCUUCAUCAAGCAGAAGAAGCUGAGCAAGACGCACACGGAGCACAAGACGGGUCUGAAGACGCUCAAGCACCGCACCGCGGGCGAAUCCGGCGAGGAGAGCAAGGGUGGGCAGAACGAGACGCUGCUGACCGAGACAGAGAGAGAGCAUGGAUGGCGUUUGAUUUUCAUGUCCGUCAUUUGA